AUGAAUCGUUUCAUCUUCUUCGCGGCCUUGGCUUCCAUCCUUUCCCUCAUUCUCGCUGAAAACGUCCCAGAUUGCAAUGCUUUCGCCAAAACCUGCCCUGCCAAUAAGGGUACUACCAAAGCUCGUCUCUACUACGACUUGACCAAGCUCGAUGCUUUUAACGACUGGACCACAAGUGGUGGAGACGUGUUCAGCGGCCCCAAUGGCGCUGAGUUUACUAUCAACCAGCAGGGCGAGGCCCCAACUAUCGUCACUGAUUUCUACAUCCUCUACGGUGAAGUCUCGGUUGAAAUGAAGGCUUCUGCUGGCAACGGCAUUGUCAGCUCUGUCUACAUGUUAUCUGACGAUAAUGAUGAAAUCAACUGGGUAAGUAUCCUUUGCGAUAAGUCUGCCAAGUAUUUAUUUCUAAUGGCUACAACACAGGAAGCAUUGGGUGGAUACACCGACAACCUGGAAACAGAUAACAUCUGCAAAGGCGACACCAGUGAGGACUACAAUCGCUGGAGCUGGCAGCCGGUGAGCACACCCGAGGAGGUAUUCCACAAAUACACCUGGAUUUGGACCAAAGAGAAGCUGUACUGGAUCCUCGAUGGCAGCCUCGUUUGGACGGUCAGCUAUGCCGAUGCGAAACGUGGCUCUCGCUACCCGCAAACGCCAAUGCGCGUGCGGAUUGGUAUCCGGGCAGGGGGUGAUCCGAGCAGGCUCAAGUGCACGAUUGACUGGGCCGGCGGCGAGACUGACUACUCCAAGGCUCCAUUCACGACGUAUGUCAAGUCCGUCGAGAUCGUGAACUUUACCCCGGCGGAGAGUUACACCUAUUCCAAUGACUCUGGUUCCUCAGGUAGCAUUGUGAUUCAUCGGCUUGCCUCUUUCGAUCUCCCCUCACUUGAAGACUUGACUUCAGUCACGUCUUUCGUUACCUCUACCCCGACGGCGACCUUGGCUGUAUCGUCUUCUGAGAUGCCCUCGCCUACUGACUCGCUCUCCACUUCCGACUCGACGGCCCACUUAUCUGACGAGCUGGCCCCCAUCACCCACUAG